AUGGUCCAGGGAGAGAGGGAGAUGCUAAAGAAGUUCAUGCAUCGCUUCAACACCGCGACCCUGGAGAUUCGCCACCUAGACAUGGGGGUGACUUUGGCAGCUCUGACCACGACCCUUCAUGGACAGCUGUCGGCUGAUAUGGGAGAAUUGAUGGCCCGAGCGCAGAAGUACAUCAACUUGGAAGAAAUGAAGGACACUAGGGGAUAUCGCAUUGAGAUGAAAAGGAAAGGUAAUAAUUGGGAGACGGGAGAACCCUCCAGAUCCACAAAGAGACAGGAGACCAGUACGCUGCUUACCAACUCUAAAAUGAGAGGGCACUCCAGUAAGUUCUCCACCUAUACACCUCUAAACGCACCGUGUUCUGAUGUGCUAAUGCAUAUAAGGAAGAAAUACUAUGUCUCGUGGGGAUACCUGUCGAGAUUCAUAAAGAAGGAAGAUCGGCAAGGGGAACCUCGCGAGCAGAAUAGGCUCAACGGGGACGAGAAGGAAGAACAAAUCAUAGGGAAAAUCGCGGUGAUCUUUGGAGGAUCCGUUAGUGACAAAUAUAGCGGAGGUGCUCACAAAAGAUAUGCUAAGCAGGUACUCUCAACGGAGAGAGGGGAACCAAGCAAUAAAGGGAACAAACAAGAUGAUGUUAUCAUAUUUGACAACGGAGCCGAAGUAGGGGUGCAACAACCGCACGACGACGCAUUAGUACUCUCCUUACUAGUGGAAAAUUACAAAGUAAGACGUGUAUUGAUAGAUAACGGGAGCUCGGCCAACAUUAUGUUCUGGUUGGUGCUCGAAGGAAUGAAGAUUAGCAAGGAACGACUCAAACCAAUCUCAACCUCCCUGGUCGGGUUUGGUGGAGACGUAGUUAAUCCCUUGGGAACAGUCACACUAUCGGUAAUUGAUGAAGAGGUGACGAAGCUAGUGCAACCCAAGUUCGUUAGGGAGGUUAACUAUUCAGAGUGGCUAAACAAUGUGGUUUUAGUAAAGAAUCUAAAUGGAAAAUGGCGCACCUGCAUAGAUUUCACAGACCUAAAUAAGGUGUGUCCGAAGGAUAGCUUCCCCCUUCCCCGAAUUGAUCGGCUGGUACCAAAUGAAACUAAACCCUUCGAAGUGCGUGUUUGGUGUUUCGACAGGAAAGUUUCUUGGGUUUAUGGUGACACACAGAGGUAUAGAAGUGAACCCAGAAAAAAUAAGGGCGCUACUAGAAAUGGAGGCCCCACGGACGAAGAAGGAAAUCCAAAUCUUGACAAGAAGGAUAGCCUCCCUAAGGAGGUUUGUCUCCUACUCAGGGGAUAA